GUAUUGGCCAUGGUUUUAUUUUCUGGUAUUUCUGUUAAGACGCAUAAUCAGAAUCAAUAUGAUUGUUUUGAACCAUGCUAGAAUACUUCCCAAGUUUAAUUAUUUUUGCUCAGUCAAUGAUUUUGGCCAAAAUCAUUUUAAUCUUUGAUAAAUAUCUUAUCUGCUGCUGAUAAUCAUUGCAGACGAGGAUCCAUGUUUUUGUCACUGAUCAAUAUUUGAGGUUGAAAAAUGUAGCAGGUGUUUAACUUUGUACUAUGUGCUCAAAUGUGGUUAUGUAGGCUACCUCAAAGCUGAUGAGCAGAAUAUUCCCUAACUUAAUAAAAUAAUAAAACUCUGGCAUUUUUGUGUUGUAUUGACUAUCUGCUUUUUUAAUGAGGUGAAAUACCUGUUUGUGACAAAAUUACAUUCUUAUAUGGAAGCGUGACAUAAUAGCAUAGGAACCUUUCCCCCAUUACGCAAUAAAUUACAAUUGCUUCUCAAAAUUUUGUUUAUAUUCUGAUGAAUUGCUCUCUAUACCACACCUAUGAGCAUAUUAUAUGUGACUGCAUGUCUCUUUGUAUUUUAUUUCAAUUCACAUUGCUUAUUGAAAAUAAAUAAAAUACUAGACCAAUCCAAUCGAGAACAAAAUGGAAAAUACUUCAAGAGAGCUUUUUCUUGGAUAAAGCCGGAGAAAAGUGCAAUGUCUGGAAAGAAGAAAAAGACUAUCACUACAAAUCCAAAGUCAUCAAUUUUGAAUUACUUCUCAUCACAAUGUAAAGACGUUGCCAAUGAAGACACUUUAUCUAAAAGGGUCGGAAAUACAAAUGGGAAUAAUAAUAAAAGAAAACUCAAAUCUAAAAACACCUUUAGUAACACAAACAAAAAGCCAAAAAUUUUGAACACUGAACUAAUAAUUAUUUCCUCUGAUGACAGUGCGGAUGAAAACAUUGAUGUCAGACUGAAUGAAAAAAGUAAAAAAUCAGUUGCCACAAUUUCUAAAAGAAAAGGCAGAAAUAACGAUGAUAAUUCUCUAUCCCCUCAAAAGAUUGUUCCAGAAAUAGUCAAUCAUGAAUUCAUUCAAAAAAAUAAAAUUGCAAAUUCUAUAUCUGAAGUUUCGCCACACCAUGAUGAUGAAAAAAUUUCUGACUUAAAUUUAUGUAUUUUAAAGACCGACACAAAGCCAAUAACAGAUGAUUCAAAAAUCACUAAACUUCUGCCAAAUGCGAACAUAUCUGAGGGUGAUGCAUCAUCUGUUGAAGACUCAUGUUCCCUAAAUGAAGAUAAGGAAGAGAAAAUAGCAUACUAUCUUCUAAAUUUUCGACAAAUUUUGGACACUGUUUUAGGCAAUGAUGAUGAUCGCUCUAUAUUUGAAGGAUCUGAUGACAUGUUAUGGAUUGAUAAAUUUAAUAAACUACCUCUUCAAGCUCAGAAACUUUAUGUCAGAUUAUAUCAUCGUAAAGUAGCUUGGCUUAGAUUAGAGCAGAUUAACUAUCCUGAUAUAUCAAGCAAUAUUCAUCGAGUAUUGAAGAAAUUGGCAGACGAUGGAUUUUUAUUGUGGUUUGAUCAAAAUAAUAACAAUGAUUUGAGUUUGUCUGAUGUUCUCAAGCUUCUACCUGCACCUAGUCUCAAAGAUCUUGCCAAAUCUUUCAAAUUAAAUGUCAAUGGCAAACAGAAAGUUCAGAUCCAAAAUGAACUUGAAGAAAUGUGUAGAAAACAGCAGAGUGUGCUUGGUGGAUUUUUUAAAAAUAAAAAACCUCAGGCGAAAGGGACUCACCAGAAAAAGUCAGGCUUGGGUAGCAACGUCAUGAAAAGAGCUAGCAGAUUGCUCGGACCUUGUUAUAAAGUUGCUUCAUAUCCAAGAACUGUGUUUAACAGGGUACUUCUGGUAUUUGACGUAACACGUGGAAUUGAUGAUGAAACUGAAUGCUCAUUAACUGGUUCUCAAAACGCUACGGGGCAGGGAAGACAUUUGCAGUUAUCAGCUAUUUUAAUGGCAGGAAUGGGAAAGGUGUCAUACCCAUCAUGCGUUGUGGAUCGUCCUACACCGAUAUUCAGCAGGAGAAAAGACCUUUUACAUUAUGAGACGGCAUUUCAAUUUCAAACUGAUAUUUUAAGCUGUGUGGAGAUGGGAAAUUGGCAGAGGGCUGCUGCAUUAUGUGACUCUGCUCACUCUGUUCACAUAAACAUCAAAGAAAAUGAUAAAGAAUCUUUAAAACAUUCUGAAAAUCUACCUCAAUUCUUACGUUGUUUUACUGCGCAAUGGACAUACACACGUUUGAGGUCAUUGGAGGUUGAGGUUUUACAGAGAUUAAAGAAUUACAAAAAAGCAGUAGAAAUAUUGGAAGAAUUGUUAGACCAAAGAAUGUAUUGCGUUUCAAGAAGGGGCCAUUGGUGGGAGAGACUUGCUCUUAACAUUGAUCAACAUUUAAAAGAUCCAGUACGUUCACUAGAUGUCAUACAUGAGUCUUUACAAGAUUCUGAUGUUCGUGUGGGUCACAAGUUAGCUCUAGCGCAGAGAGUAAACAAGAUUCUUACGUCAAAAGCUGUGAAAAAGUUACCGCAAUUAACAACAACCUAUAAAACAAAACUGAAGCCAAUAAUCGAUAGACUACAGAUAGAAGAAGCUCCUGUGGUUGAGAUUACUGGUCGUUUAUUACCUGGUGAAGUUCAGACUGGAAAAUCAAGAUUUCUGAGAACAGAACAUGAAGAUGACACAGCAACUGAAUCUACUGUCAUAUGCUCUGUAGAAGAGUUGGCUUUAUCUCAUUACAGGAAUCUUGGGUAUGAUUUCGGAAUCCAUGGAGAAGGCGGAACGUUUUCAACUCUGUUCUGUUUAUUUUUAUGGGACAUUAUUUUUAUGCCUGGAAUUUCAGAUGUAUUCAGAACAACAUACCAGACCCAUCCUUUGGACUAUCAUACCGAUGAUUUUUAUCUAACCCGUCACAAAGCUAUUGAAGAGAGACUGAAAAUGAUUGAGGAUUUGAAGGAUGAUGACUGUGUUCUGAUGGAUUGUGACAAAGAUGAAAAACUUGAUGAAUUCGAAGAUGAAGCGUCAACUGUUUUGAGUAUAAUGUCAAUGACAUGGGAUGUGGAAUACGGGAAAGCUUGUGCCGGCAUGAACUGGGACAUAUUUGCCAGCUUAGAGGAGGCGAAGGGUUUUGUUGCAUGCAUUGGUGGUAAAGUUUUAUCUGGAAUAUUCCGGCGCCUAGCUAAAGAUCUUCGUCAUACUAGAAGUGGAUUACCAGAUCUAGUUGUAUGGAAUCCAAUACAAAAAAUUUAUAAGAUGGUUGAGGUGAAAGGCCCUGGUGACAGAUUAUCAACCAAUCAAAAGCUUUGGAUUGAUGAGCUGAUGAGAUUGGGGGCAAAUAUUGAAGUCUGUAAAGUAAUUGCUAUCGGAGGAAAGAAAUUGUUGAAAGAAUGAACAAAUUUAUUUUUGUCUUGUUCAUUAUGCAAGAUUCCAAUAUUUGUAACUGGUAGCAUAGUUUUGGUGUCUAAAAAAUAUUGUGCCCCAUUUGUCUCUAUUGUUUAAAACUCGCUUAAAAUGAAUACUCUAACCGUCUUCCAAAGUAUUAUAUAUGUCAUAAUCCAGAACAAAUUUUACAUAAUGUGCUUACUUGAACCAUUUUCCCCACAAUAUAUAUCUACUCUUAACCCGGAUCAGGGACAAGUGUAGCAAACUGGGACCACAACAUUUUUGAGGCACAGGAAUAAUUUUGUUUCUCAUUUUCAGUAUUUUUUUUUUCUCUGCCUAGUUCAGUCAUACACAUUGCACUUAUGAAUUGAACAGCAUUGAGAUCAAUGCAAUAAUCAAGACAAACUAUCAUCAAUGUCCAUUGUUGGUAUUUCAUAAAGCUUUUAAUACCUCAACAUUUAUAGUUUUGUAAUGUAAAUUCCAUGAACAAUCAUUCUGUUUCAUAUUUGUGCCAAAUUACUAUUUUAUUAGUAUUGUGUUUGCCAAAUCAUAUUGGUACUUUUUCAUUCUAUUUUUGAAGGGUGACUGGCUAUCUAAAUAAAAUUGGGUACUUCCG